UAGUCUCCAUUUUUCGCGCGACUUUUGAAUGUUGCCCGCCAUUUUGUUUGUUUAUUUGUUUUCCGUGUCUGUUUUUAAACCUUAAAACGGGUUUCUUGCUAGAUAAAAUGGUUCAGGAAUUCAUGGUUCUGAGAUGCUAUCAGUGUAAGACGUUUCAAGUCCAUCAGGUAAAAAAAGCCAAAAAGUGGGCUUGUAAAAUAUGUGGAGAAAAGCAAUCAAUAAAAAAGCUUCAUGCUCGAGGCUCCGCCCCUGAUUGCCGCAGACAUGUGCAGAAACUGAAUAUGAUCCAAGGAGAAAUCGCGGAGGGUCUGGCUGCAAAAGAGGACUUCAAAGCUGCAUGCAUAGAAGAUGAUGCUGAGGGUGACGUGAAACAGGGUGACAUUGGUGAUGAUAUGCAAGAUGAGAGAUGUCAGCAUGGAUCUACUGAAAGCAAGUGGUCAAGAUUCGUUGAACGUGUUGAUAUGGAUGAUGGGAAUGAUGAUGAUAUACGCUGGCAAGGAUUUGCUGUCACUACAGACAAAAAACUAUUUGAGGCUCGUCCAGCAAAGAGAACGAAAUUAUCCAAAGCAAGAGGUAAUUGGUCAAACAAGGAAGCAAACAGCUACAACAAACGUGCAGAUUCAAUAAAUGAAUCUGUGCAAGCUUCAGAAGGAAUUUGCAUGGAGGGAAAUAUCCACCCAAGAAAGCAUUGUAGAGAACAAUUAGGGGAAAAACAAAAUUCUCUUUGCAGAAAAGUUGUAUUGGGUAGACCUUCUUGGACCAAUCCAAGGACCUAUGGAACUGAGAAAACUUUUCCUUUAAAAAGAGAAGCAGUCCAUGCUGCAGCCAGAAAUAAUUCUCCUAAUCUAACAGCAACACAGGCUAAAAAACAAGUUGUUGCAUCUCGCUCAGCUGAGAGCAACAACAAGAGCUCGAAAUGGGACAGAUUUUUACAUCCGGCGACAAACAAGGAAACCAGCGAGAAUGAAAGUGAUGAGGAACCAUGUCUGUCAACUGAUGACUCAGCAUUAUUAUUGUGUUAUGAUGACAAUAAUUUUACAUGUGAAAGCAAGACUGACCUUGGCGUCCAUGUUAAAAAUGUUAGUGAUAGAAUGUAUACUGAUAGUGCCAGUGAUCUUCUGUUUUCUAUCGAUGAGGAACUGGGUGAGGAUUGGUGGAAAGUGUGACGUGGUAUUAGAAUAAACCUGUGGCAUAUCUGCCCUUAUGCCCAAGCUUAAAAAGGAUUAUUUUAAUAGGCUCUAUUUUCAGCCGUCGCUAGGCCUCAUUGGCCCCACUUUGGCCACCCAUUCGAUUUGGAGUUUCACCAUCAUGUCCAAAAUGCGAAUAAAAAUUCACCUGAGUAACCACAAUUUCGGUGGUGAGCUUAAAUGUGAAAACGGCCCAGGGACCCCGCUUUAAAAAUUAAACUUAUAAUCAUCCAACUCAAAGUUUUAUCACACCACAAAUGCAAAUAAAAAUAUUUUUACAUGACAUUAUUUACUCAACACAACACGAUUAUAAACAAAAUAAACGAGGUAAAAAAUAAAAAGAACAUUUGGUGUAAGGUUGGAAGAAGACAGAAUAUAUUCUCUUGCACCUUCUAAUCUUGGACCCUCUUUAUAUACUAGGUUACCAGUAUUUUAUUGGAGGGUUGCUCAUUCAAUAUAGAAAUGGCAAGUAUUUGAAAGUGGUCUAUUUGAUAAAGUGAACGGCCUUGUAUUUAAAAAACGGUAGCCGGUCUACUUUAUGGUAGUUAUCGCUGCUUUGCUAAUCAAUAUAGAUUAAAAGUAUUUGAACAAGUA